GCACUCGAGGAGGCAGAGAGAAGCAUGGAGAUUGACCCGGAGAAAUCCUUCCACCUUAAUCUUGGGAACGAUCGACCUAAUGUCCAGCAAAGAAUUGUCAGAAUGAAGAAUUCCGAGGACUACAGUGCCCUCGACUCUAUCAUUGAAGUACCAACUGACGCUGCACCCUCUGACAUACCAAAGACUCUCAUGUUUGUGAAUACUCGCCAGAUGACCCAGUGUGUCUGGCACCACCUUCAUGACGCAAUAGGGUUCCUGCAUGCCAAUCGCAGGCAGAAAGUGCGUCAGCAUGUCAUGGAGGAGUUUAUAUCAAGCAAGAUCUGUAUUCUUGUCUCGACAGAGGCUACUGGAAUGGGUGCAGACAUACUGGACAUCCAGCCUGUGAUCCAGUUCGGUCUCGCAGCAUCUUGCUGUUGGCUGCAGUGCGCCUCAGAGCGGAUUACAAAGGCCUAA